ACUGAAUGAAAUUUUUCGAACGCAUCCACUGAGCGUUCAACAGUUCGUCUGCGUUAGUGGAUGCCACAAGGAAGAAGCCAGUCACCAGCGGACAGUUCACCGCGAGAAGUGUAACACAGUCCAUCCCGACGACAGUUUCCCGAGUUGCCAAGUUCACCGUGUGUACAACUGUUCAUCCAUUCGAAGAGAAGAUGAUGCUGCGCGGGUGUCUAUUUCUAAUAGUUGUAAGCGUGGCAGUGGCACAGGUGCCAUUUUUAGGCCAAUGCCCAAAUUUGGAAACGAUGCCGAACUUCGAUCUGAACAGGUAUGUAGGGAAAUGGUACGAAGUGGAGAGGUACUUCGCCAUUUUUGAAUUCGGUGGAAAAUGCGUGACUGCGAAUUACAGCCAAGGUGAAAAUGGAUUGAUAAAAAUCUUGAACAAGCAAAUAUCUUCACUGACCGGAGUGUCUUCUAGUAUCGAGGGGAUUGGAAGGGUGAUAGGCAGGACAGAGGAUCCUAAGUUAACAGUGACCUUCCCAUCCCUGCCACUGCCUUUCGACGCGCCAUAUUGGAUACUCGACACAGACUAUAAAUCCUACGCCGUUGUUUGGAGUUGUUCAAAUUUUGGUGUAUUCAGCGUGCGGAACGCUUGGAUCCUGACGAGGGAACCGAAACCACCAGUUUCAAUUUUGGAAAAAGCUUAUCAGGUGAUUGAUAAGAACAACAUAAGCAGGGCAUACUUCAUUCGUACGGAUCAAAAGAAUUGUCCGGAAGGGAAUUAAAUAAAUACGUCGAAAUGUGCUGCGGGGCAUCUUUAGUCUUUCUUCGUUGUAAAAUAAGUUAACGACGUUUCUUUUAGGACAGCGAUUGUUUUAAAAAUCGUAAAUCAUUGUGAAUGCUCAAUUCAUUUCGUGAUCGUAAAUAGUUAUCGUUCCCAUGAUAUUUAUGUUAAGACUUAUAGCGUAUUGUUCUCAAGCAAUUUAUUAGAUCGUAUUUAUUUAGCACGUUCAAUAACGGGCGUGGAACUCGCAUUAUGUUUAUUUAUUUAUUUAUUUAUUUGUUUAUCACGCGAUGUAAUGGACCGAGGAGCAAUGGAAUGUACGAUAAUAAAAUUUUGUUUAUCGAAAUAGAUGGGGAGAACUAAUUUUCUGUUAUUUAAAGAAAAUUAAAAUCGCUGUAAUUAUUAAGCUUUAAUUAUGAAACUAUCCUACGUCUAUAAUUUUAUCGUAAAGCAGUUCGUCAGUCAAAUUAUCACUUUCCUGUCAUUUUCAACGUUAUCCACUCAGUCUGAAACAAGACUCCAGCGCUACUAGUGGUGG